UAACAUUAUGAAAAACUAUGCAUACAGAAUAAAAUGAACUAAUGUAAUAAACACGGGUUCAAGUGAAUACCAGACUCUGUAAUUGGUAUAUUUCUAGUGAAUAGUUUUUUUUUUAAUUCAGUUAUGAUCUGCAAGUCUUUGAAUUUUUUGUUGCUUAUAUUUUUCCAAAUAUUUUCCAAAAGCUCUUCACUUCCUACUGGUCAGACUGUACAUUUUGUGUCGGAUUAUUUCAAAGUGAGAGGUAUCAGUUCCAUAAUUUGCUACACUUGUUCUUAUCAAGAAUCUUUGCACUUCAUGCAAUUGGCAACAAAAAACUUCAUGGUUCUGACAGUUGAUAAUUAUGAGAAAAACUUUGAUCGGCUAGCAAAACAAUUUCAAUCGACACCUUACAAAAUUGGAACCUACGUCAACUACACCUGUGACAGAACUAAAGACCUUUUGAAGCAGAUUUCAGAUCUGGAAAUCUUUCAACGGAAACACAAAUGGCUGGUAUGGACAAAAAUGAAGGAAGUCACGAUGGAGAAUCUAAAAAAUUACAAGCUGAACGUAUUCUGUGACGUCACGGUAGCCCAGGAAGACGACCAUCUUGUAAAUCUUUACAUAGUUUACAAAGUCGAUUACAGUUUACAAGAUCUGAAAGUGUUUGCCAUAGGGAAUUGGACGGAGGCUGAGGGAUUAAAGGUAGAGGUUCAUGGCACUAAAAUUGAACGUCGCUCGAAUCUGGGAGGAAUCUUGGUCAAAAGCCAAACAGUUCUCCAAUCACUAAAAAUGGAUAGCAUAGAUGAGAAAUCGCUUCAACUGCUGAUGAAUAAUUCAUAUGAGAUGUACAAAGACAAUCUUGCCCGGUACACCAUUGUCUUGUUCAUGAAGCUGGCAAAACUUUACAAUUUCACGUUGGAUAUCAGUGUAGCUGAAGAGUAUGGCAAGCAGAAGAAGGAUGGAGAAUACAGUGGACUGAUUGGAGCAAUAGAGAGGAAUAUCACCGAUAUUGGGCUGAUUGGGAUGGAGAAAUCGAGACAGCUGCCGUUCCUUGAUUUUACGGUGCUUCUUUGGAAAAAUAGGCCAAUUUUCAUCUUUCGCAGUAUAAAACCGUUUGAAUCAGCCUAUUCUCUUGUGAUGCCAUUUUCCCCAUUAACAUGGCUCUACAUAUUUAGUAUGCUUGGCAUUAUCGCCUUUGCGCUGAUCAUAGCCAGAAAAUGUGGAAGAUCUCGUAGAGAGGACAGAUCUUUGAGCGGAAGUUUUUUGGUCACUUUGGCCAUUUUCUGUCAGCAAGGUUUUGAAAGUUGCUCUUCACGCCUAUCAGAGCGUAUUAUUCUGCUGACAGCGCUUAUUUUCGGUCUGAUAAUUUGCACAUUCUACAAUUCGAUAAUUGUUACUUUGGCCUUGAAACGCAAGUGGGUGACAAUACACAAUUCUGAAGAUUUAAUCAAUAGUGACAUGGAAAUUGGAGUUCAUAACUUGUCAUUUUUCAAGAACUACUUUGAGACUUCCAACAACAGUCUCGUUUCAAAGCUGUACCGGAAAAAGAUGAGAGGCCAAGCAAACGCAUUUUUGUCAAAUGAUGAAGGCCUGGCUCUUGUCCAGUCGUCCAGUUUUGCUUUCUACGGCCGAGAAAAUGUCCUCUACAAGUAUGUUCGGAAUAAAUUUUCAAUGAAUGAAAUCUGCCAGCUGUCUGAGGUGGAGCUUGUCGAGCCCAACCAAGUGCCUAGUCCAAUGCGCAAGAACUUCUUCUUGAAAGAGUUUAUCAAUUGUGGGUUAGUGAGACUGAAAGAGAUUGGAGUCAUUGCCAGAGAGUUGAACAUUUGGUAUCCAAGGAGACCACACUGUCAGUCCACCCCGGAUUCACCUGACGUCAGCAUGAAUUACCUCCUUAUAGCUUACGUCAUCUUUUUCUCGGGUCUAGUGCUAUCAGUUGUUAUUAUGCUGCUUGAAAUAUUCAUUUCAAAGAGACGUUAGCAAUAAAUUCAUCUUUGAAAUCAGUAUUGUAGUGAUGUCCAAGUUAUAAUGGCUGUGGAGAAAGAUGGGAGGACGGCGUUGCCGAUUCUCUGAUUUGCCACUGCCUUCUGUAGAGGCAUAGAGUAAGAUAGCCUAUCUAAUAUCUUGCAUUAUUUGUCUCUGGUAGAGGAUAGCUGAUACCCUUAUAUCUGAUUUAAUAACAACUGUUCAUUCUUGUUUAAAGUAAUCAAUUAGGUAUAUUUUAUUC